GUUUAGUUAUUAAUAAAAACAUAUUUUCAUUAGUCAUUGACAGUAAAAACACAUCAUAUGAUGUGAUAAUAAUAAUUGAUCUCAUUUUGUGAACUAUUUUUGUAACAAUUAAUUUAUUUUGUUAUAACACGCGGUAAUUAUUAUUCUUUGUGACAAUCAACUCAAACAACUGAUGGCAAUGUCGACAAACAGCGACCGCGAGGCCAAAGCCCGACAAUUGAUGGCAGAAGCGGACAAAAAGUUGACCUCAUUUAACGGUUUGUUUGGCAAUCUAUUGGGUAAGCCGUCCAAUGCCGUCGAGGAAGCCAUCGAUCUGUACAUCAAAGCAGGAAAUCAGUUCAAAAUGUGUCAGAAGUGGGAUUUGGGGGCCAAAGUGUUCACAACGGCGGCCCGACUACAGUCGCGGACAGGCGAACGACACGAAUCGGCCACAUCGUACGUAUUGGCCGCCAACUGUUUCCGCAAAUAUGAACCGUACGAAGCGAUUGGCUGUUUAACAAAAGUCAUAGAAAUAUACGAAGAGUUAGGCCGACUGGCCAUCUGUGCUAAACAUCACACGACUGUCGCUGAGAUCUAUGAAACACAUUUGCACGACACGGACACAGCUGUCAAACACUAUCAGUCUGCCGCCGACUGUUACCGAGCCGAACAUUCACUGGCGUCGGCCAACAAAUGUCUGCUUUUUGUGGCCAAUUCUGCGGCUCUCAGCGGCCAAUAUCAACGGGCUAUCGAUACUUACGAAGAAGUGGCCAAACAUUGUAUAGAGUCUUCGUUGUUAAAGUAUUCGGCGCACAAUCACUUCAUGAGAGCGGCUCUCUGUCACAUCUGUAUCGAUCUUCUCAACGGAGAGCUAGCCAUCAAACGAUACGAAGACCUGUUCCCGGCUUUCAGUGAUUCUCGUGAAUACAAACUCGUCAACACAUUAAUUGGUAAACUCGAUGACAAUGACAUUAUCGGAUAUACAGCGGCUAUUAAAGCGUACGAUUCAAUAUCCCGAAUGGACCCGUGGUUUGUAUCGAUAUUGUUGACCAUUAAAAACAAGUAUAACACCGAUUCGGAUCCCGAUAUGAAAUAAUAAUUUAUUGUUUAUAAAUAAUAGAUAUAUAA